CACUGCUAUGUUAAGACAGCUCAUAAAAAAGUAAACAAAACGGAACCGUUCGGAAAUUCUAGUGCUUGCUUCCAUGAAAAUCGAUCUCUCCGCAUUCAAGAAAUUUGCGCAAAGAUGUACACCGUCGUUCAGUUUAUUGAGAACCAAAAAUUCAAGGUGAUGGCUGUCCCCACAAAAUGGGUUGAAAAGAGCUGCUUGUUGUGGCCAAGAGCUGCAAAUGCAAAAAUUGAACAAUUACGAAUUUCUGGACGAACGUUCGAAGGAGCCACUAAGAAAAUUCCGGCGAUAGUGUGCGGCCGCUUUAAGGAAAUCAGCCUUGCAGAGGAAGCGGCAGAAGAACUGUCCAAGCGAGAAGUCUCCGAUGUAGACGGUAAGAAGAAGCGGCUCAAGCCUGCCAAAAAACCGAAGGCAUCGGCGAAGAAGAACUACAAUGAUAUGAUUGAAGAAUUCAACCGCCAACCUCUUACUGAACUGUCCCAAACAGCACAGCCAAAGGUGAGAGUCAUCAAUGCCGGCAAACUGCAACCUUCCGUGCCAACAACAAUCCUGCGUGCAUCAGGCGAAUCCAGUGAAGCUCCCAGUAAAACAGUAGAUUCAACAGCAAGCCAUGAUAUGCCAUUCCCUGCAGCUGAAGCGGCUCAGGUUGUUACGGAUAUCCGCCAUUCAACAUCAUUUUUGGCGGCACCUACGCAGGACACUAUGCCAACUGUUUUACACUUGGCUCAAGAAAAUCAAAUGGAAGCUCCUAUGGAUCAGACUGAUCAGUGGCCAACAUCGAGUAAAAUGAUUGGAGGAACGUCUCCUACAACGCUUGUGGAUGCCAAUCAAAUUUAUUUUCAGGAUGAAAAUAUUGUUUAUCUUCAGCCCUCAGACGAAAACGACAUUUCUGGUUUACAAAUCGCAGGAUCAAUGAGCUACGAGCAAAUGAAAGCUGACCUGAAAGUGUUCAUAGAACAAACUGUCGAGAAAUCUAUCGAGAAUGCGUUCCAAAACAACUUCGCGCGUUAUGCAGCUUUGUCUGAGAUACAAGCUAAGGAUGACUCUGCAAAGACUGUCCCAGAUGAUUCCGUGGAAAAUCAUGCGCCAAUAAAUGACGAAGAUGAGCUAGCGAAGUGGAAUAUAAAACUCAACAACAAAGAAUUGCAACGGCGUUAUUUGGAGUAUUUCUCAAAAAUAAUCAUUCCAAAUGCGUAUAACCAAAAAGGCAACAAUGCUUGCUAUACUGUGGUAGACUGCCUGUUUUCACGUGAGUUUUGGACGAAGAUGACAUGGACAGGAAUCAGUCGAAGCGAUAAAGCAAAGAGAGGUUUCCGUGAAUACGGUAAUGUCACUCAGCUUUUGGGUGAUAUAGUACGAAUUGGCGAUCCGUCCUACACUGCGCAGCAAUUGGAGUUAUUUUGCCGAAACCGCCUGUUUCGCUACUGCAAAUCUCGAUCUACUAGUCGACGGCUUCGGAAAUCAGCAUGCAGACCAAAACGCUCCAGUAAAGCAACAGCCACAGUUGAACAAAAUGCCGCCGAUGCUGAUGAUCUGUGUUCAUCUGAUGACGCACGGAUGUCGGGCGAACUUUCUAACAGCGACGAAUAUGAAACUGAUUCUGCAGGACUGGAGCGCGACGAAAAAAUCUCUUCAGAUUCCAGCUAAUUUCAAAUUUAAAUAACAUUUGAAGAUCGAAAAUCGAAGUUUUUUUUUUAUUUGUUCAACUCUUAUUAGAGUUUCGAUAUGAACUACAUUUAUCUUUUUUUUUGUAAGUACUGACUACUAAGUCACUGUAAAUGUCUAAGUGACACAGUACAAAACAUGCUUAUACAUUACUUGAG